AUGGCCAUUGCUUUGAGGUGGCUUGAGGAGAACAGUGUGGAGUGGGACGGAGGCCGGUACAGAGUCCGUGGCUUACGACAGGGCGCCGUGGUGACGGCUCUGCAGCAGGCGGCGGCCGCGCCCAACCAAGCGGCUGCGGCGGCGCUCAACCUGCACGCCAUCGAGUCCUACCUGGCGCUGCAGAGCCUCACGCAGAUCGUCGCCUCCAACACGAAGCAGGUGGGCGCGCUGCCGCCGCUGCUGCCCCCGCCGCCACCACCUCCGGCGGCCUCCGUCCCGGCGCCGUCGCCUUCCCUGGCAUCUGGCACCUCCCACAGCCACCACGCGCACCAGCACCAGCACCACCGGCCCAAGAAGCAGUUCAUCUGCAAGUUUUGCUCGCGGCACUUCACCAAGUCGUACAACCUUCUCAUCCACGAGCGCACGCACACCGACGAGCGGCCCUACUCGUGCGACAUCUGCGGCAAGGCGUUCCGGAGGCAGGACCACCUCAGGGACCACAGGUACAUCCACAGCAAGGAGAAGCCGUUCAAGUGCGGGGAGUGUGGCAAGGGCUUCUGCCAGUCUCGCACGCUGGCGGUGCACAAGAUCCUGCACAUGGAGGAGUCGCCGCACAAGUGCCCCGUGUGCGCGCGCAGCUUCAACCAGCGCUCCAACCUCAAGACGCACCUGCUGACGCACACGGACAUCAAGCCGUACAACUGCUCGGCCUGCGGCAAGGUAUUCCGCCGCAACUGCGACCUGCGCCGGCACAGCCUCACGCACAACCUGGGCGCCGCGGCGGCCACCGUCGCCCCCGCGCCGUCGUCGUCGUCGUCGUCGUCGUCGCCGGCAGCUUCCGUGGCCGGCAGCAACGGCGCCAGCACCUCCUCCGCGCUGCCGCUGCCUUUGGCGCUGGCAGCGGCCGGCGGCUUCGUGCUCGAGGCCGCCGCCGCCGCCACGCAGUGA